UUGGCGAGUUUGACAAAUGUCAAAUUACUUUGAGAGCUAAACUGCGAUCGCGUUUUUAAUACAGAAACGUUUUUAAAUAAUGAGAUUAUAAGUUUUGUAUCGAAACUCUCUAUUUUAAACAACGUCUGUUCUAUUUCAUGAAUUUUAGAACUGUUAUUUAAACGUAGAACAAUCGUGAAUCUUGUGAAAAUGGCUGACGAAGAAAUUAAUGGAGACACUGACGAAAUUCAGCAUGAUAAAGAUAAAACCCAGAAGAAAACUGCUAAGCACGAUAGUGGAGUAGCUGAUUUGGAAAAAGUAACAGACUAUGCAGAAGAAAAAGAAAUAUCCUCUCAAGAUAUAUCUGGAGCACUUUCAUUAAUUGGUGACAGAAGAAAUAAAGAGGCGGCUGAAAGAUUAGAAAAAGAAAAUGAGCUUCAAAAAGUUUCUGUCAAAAAAGAUGAUAUAGAAUUAAUCGUCAAGGAAAUGGAAAUCUCUAGAAUUUUAGCUGAAAGAACCUUACGUGAACAUAGAGGUGAUGUGGUGGCGGCAUUAACAACACUUACCAACUAACAAUGUGAUAAGAUUAAUAUAUUUUAUUCACAAACCAAACUUUAACAUAGUUACACUUAUGUAACAUUUUCAAAUAGAAUUUUGUAU